AUGCCAUUUUUUUCUUGCUUCAAAUUUGUGAAAAUGAAUAAUCAAGUUGAAGAGAAGAAGAUCAAUGUCGAAGCUGAGAAACCGAUUGCUCUUCCUUCCAACCUUGAAAGAACUACUUCUAUUGAUAAUGAACCCAAAACUUUACUUCAAGAAGAAUUAAACCUAGCAAGGGAAGAAGCUCUGAAAGUGAUUAACACUCAUCCAAAAGAGGAAGCUCUGAAAAUAUUCUUGAAUGGGUUGAGACCUGUCACAAGCUCAAAGCCAUCAGAGGUUGAUGUUGUGUGUGAUGACUCAGAGGAUGAUGUUGUGUAUGAUGACGAAGACGAAGAUGAUUUUAUGUUGUAUGAUGACGAAGAGGAUGGCUAUGAUGAAUGA